UUAUUGAUUUUUGCUGACGUGGCAAUCACAUAAAGCUUCUGAGGAAAAUUCUUAUAAUUCUAUUGGUUGAUUUUUUAAAAUUUUUCUUUUUCUUUUUUUUAUUCACUCGCUUCCGCGGAGUGGAAAACGCCGUCGUAUUUCAUGAAGUUUAUUCUUCUUCUUUUUUUCAACCGCGUAUCAAUUGAAGGGGGAUAUGGUUUGAAACCGAUGAAGACAGUCCGACCAGAUGAGUUUGCUUCUCGGCACACUGAAGAUUCAAUCAGAUCCAUCGCGUCAAGAAGCGACGACCAGAUGAGUUUCCUUCUCUCCACCAUCGAUCAGAUCGACGAGGUGAAGUUUGUCGAUACUCUCGGAAUAUACAGAUUUUUUGGUUUCUCUGAUUGGAUUCGACUUUUAAGCUAUGAGGCGAAGAUUUUUUGGUUUCUCUGAUUGGAUUCGACUUUUAAGCUAUGAUACAAAGAUUUUUUGGUUUCUCUAAUUGGAUUCGACAUAUGUUAAGCUAUAAACUAUGAUCUGCUUAUUAAGAUUUAUAAUCUUUGUAUCUAAUUGAUUGAUUAACCUUCAGAGAUCGAAAGGUUGAAGAAGCUACAUACAUAAUCGUUAAACAACUUCGUUGACCAGGUAUUAUCCCUGUUCGAAACUACGCUAGGCGCUAGUAGGGCGGCAGUCCCGGGCCUAGCGAGUUACCAAAAAGUCGAGGAUUAAUCGGGGUAUACGCGGGGAUUAGUUUUUAUAUUUUUUAAUUAUAUAUAUACGUAUAUAUAUUAUUACAAGUGAAAGUUCGGCGUAGAAACGUCAAUAGUCCAGUGGUGCCUGUCGUUUUAGACUCUGCAAGAGGUAUAGGGUUCGAAUCCUCCCAGUCGCAAGUUUUCUUUCAUUUUUAUUAGCGCGAAUUCGGAAAAAAAAUUUAAACUUACUUUCAUUUGUCCCACAUCGCUUAGUUGUUGCAAAAGGGUGCCUUGAAGUUCCUUAUAAAUAGAAUUGACAAGGUUUCCAUUAUACCCAGGCUAAUGGGCUUCUUACAGGGACCCGAUUAUUAGCCAACAAAGUCUAAAUAUUUUCUAAAAAAUCGGUUAAUCUAGGAAAUAAUCGGUUUUUCAAGCGAAUAGUCCGUUAUCCGAUUAAUUGGAGCGAUUAAGAAAAACUCGCGGCGCUUGCCCUCCGUCUAACACCUAAUCGGGUGCCUAGGCAGUUAGGCGUCCGCGUUUUUGAACAGGGGGUAUUAUUAACUCCUUGAAGUUUUUCUACUUAUAUGUUUCUUGUUGUUGAGGUAUUGAUUCUCUUAAACAAUAACAUGAAGCUUGAGCAUCGAACUAAUUGCCACGUCCAGUGAAGUAUUUUGCGGACUGUCUACUGAUGGAACAAGAAGAGACAACUAACAUUUACAACAAACUUGGAUUCGACUUCAGUCUCUGAAGAAGGACUGUAAGAUUAGCUUCUCCUUAAUAACUCAACAAGCAUUUAGACAGUCCUCUCUUGAGAUUUUCAAGUUUGGUUUUCGGUUUCAUUAGCACGAUUUAGAGCUUCACAUUACUUAUUUAGUCAGUCUGUUGCAUCGCUAAUUGCAGGACACUUUAUAUUCUUUGCACUGGUUAUAAAUAGCCAGGCGCUUGAAGAUUCUGUAUGUAGCUUCGGUACCCACAUUUUCACUAGCUGAGUUGAAGCUGAGAAUGAGGUAAUAUUUGGUCAUAUCUUCUUAAUUAGCUUUAAUUAUCUUAGAAAAGCAAAAAUGUCUUUAGCCUAUUUAGAAAAGCCCAAAUAUAUUGUCGAUUUAGUUAAGCCCAUAUAUAUAUAUAUAUAUAUAUAUAUAUUCGCUUGGGGGAUAAUAAUUAGAUAUUUAGUUUAGACUUGUGCAAGAUUGUUAACUAAUGUAAAUAUUAAUAACUUUCCUUAUUAUUAAAACCAAUUUCUUGCGCCGGUUGAUAUAAUAUUUAUUACAUUACUUGCGCAAGUUAAAAUCAUAUCAUAUGCAAAUCACUUUUUGUUAAUACACAUUUAAUAUAUUUCUUUAAAAGAUUUCAUUCUUUAUUAGGGGUCAUUAAUAUGAUAAAUAAAUCGCCUUUAUAUAUAUAGGAGACACCCGAAUGCUUAAAAUUCAAACAUUCAGCCCUUACAAGAACAAUGGCAAUGGUGCGAGCCUUCAAAAACAUUGUUUCUUAUGUUAGAGAAUUAAAACCCCGCAAAGAUACGUCCCGUAUUGAAGUUAGGAUUGUUCGCUUGUGGAGAAACUAUAACAAAGAAUCAGGAAACACCAUUGAAAUGGUUUUGGUUGAUAAAGAAGUAAGUAAAAAUCACACAAAAUGCAAUUUUUUGGAAGCAUCGUUUAUGAUUCAUUUCGAGAUAUAUACUUAUUCUACGUUUAUAAAACUCUUAUAAUUUUUGUGACCAGGGGACAAGAAUUCAUGCUUCAGUUGGUGAACAACUCAUUAAAAAAAUCGAUGACAAGCUACGCGAGGGAGAUGCGAUUGUCGUCCAGUUGUUCAAAGUGUACGAUGCUAUUGGUGAAUACCGUACAACGCCACAUCCGUACAAAAUUGGCUUCUUUCAAACAACAUCGUUGAGAGUAUUUUUUGAUGAAGACGAACCUAUUGAGAGUAUUCUCAACAAAAAAACUGGCUAUUUAAGCUUUUCAACUAACCUUGGCUUUCAUCUUCCGGAUCAGGAACUGGUAUUUUUUUAUGAAGACGAACCUAUUGAGAGUAUUCUCAACAAAAAGACUGUCAACCAAUCCAUGUUUUUGGCCUGGUUCAUAGCAAACAGAAAAUACGCAGAGGCAAGAGAGUUGACAUAUGCCGAAUUUCCAACAAAAUUUGUUUGAAAAUCAGGUACGAGAGAAUGGGUACCACGGAAACGAGGCUUUGCGAUAGGGAGGAUUGCACAUAUUCAGCCAUCAGGUGAUAAGCUAUAUUUCUUAAGAGUAUUGCUAAAUUGGGUAAGAGGGCCGACAUCAUACGAGGAUAUAAGAACAGUUGAUGGUGUUUUAUAUCCUACAUACGAAGAUGCUUGCUAUGCGUUGGGAUUGAUGGAUGAUGACAAGGAAUUCAUAGAAGCUAUCAAAGAUGCCAGUGACUGUAGUUCUGCCACGUAUGCCAGGAAGCUUUUUGCAAGAAUGUUGGUUUCCAAAUCUUUGUCUCCGCCUCAUGUUGUGUGGGAAGCUACUUGGGAGUAUCUUACCGACGAUAUUCUUUACAAGAAGCGGCGAGAAACUGGACGACCUGAUAUGAACUUGACCAUAGAGCAGAUCAAAAAUAUUGCUCUUACUGAGAUCAAAAAUCAUUUGCUCAGCAAUGGUCGUAGCCUCAAGAAAUGGCCCCACAUGCCAAAGCCAGAAGAUUUUGGCUCUUACAAUGGCAAUCGCCUUAUAGAUGAUGAGCUUAAAUAUGUUGUGGAAGAUCAGCUAAAGGAAAAUGAAAGACUUAUGGCGAUGAUAACAGAUGAGCAAAGAGGGGUAUACGAACAGAUUCUGGAUGCAGUUUUAACUGAUAGCGGUGGAGUGUUCUUUCUUUAUGGUUAUGGAGGCACAAGAAAAACCUUCGUAUACAGAGCACUCUCAUCAGCGAUCCGAUCUAGAGGUAUGAUUGUUCUAAAUACUGCAUCAAGUGGAAUUGCAGCAUUGUUGUUGGAAGGAGGUAGAACCGCACAUUCUAGGUUUGGUAUUCCGAUAGAUGCAGACGAAUUCAGUACUUGCAAGAAAAUGGAGCCAGGAUCAGAUCGUGCAGAAUUAGUUAAAGCGGUAAAGUUAAUUGUAUGCGAUGAGGCGCCUAUGAUGAGCAUACACUGUUUCGAGACGUUGGAUCGUACAAUGCGUGAUAUUAUAAGAUCUUCUGAAGAAAAACCUUUUGGGGGUAAAGUUGUUGUUUUCGGUGGAGAUUUCAGACAGAUUUUAUCGGUUAUACCUGGAGGUGGUAGAGCAGAGAUUGUUUUGGCGGCUCUGAAUUCGUCAUAUCUUUGGGAGCACUGCAAAGUUUUGAAGCUAACAAAAAACAUGAGAUUGCUGGAUGGUCUUACUGAUGAUGCGGCAAAAGAGCUUCAAUCCUUCUCAAACUGGAUUUUGGAUAUUAGAGAUAGAAAAAUAAAUUUGCCUAACGACGGUUAAGUUGAGAUUGACAUCCCUUCUGAUUUGCUAAUACAAAAUAGUGGAGAAGAUCCUAUUGAGACUAUGGCAAAAGAGGUUUAUGGAAAAGCUUUUCAAACCUCGACAGAUAAGGAUUUGUAUAGACAUCGAGCCAUUCUUACUCCCACAAAUGAUGAAGUGGAUAAAAUAAAUGAUUACAUGCUUUCGCAGUUGCCAGGUAACAUGUUUUAUCAUUUAUUCUUAUGUUCAACUAACUUUUUACAUAUCACUAAACAAAAGGAUUUACAUAUGCUUUCAGGAGAAGAGAAGAUUUACCUUAGCUCUGACAGUAUUAUCCCAUCCGAUGUUGACAUAGAAGAAAAUAUAGUAUAUCCUGCAGAGUUUUUGAACAGUGUUAAAGUGGCUGGAAUGCCUAGACAUUGUUUGAAGCUCAAGGUUUGUGCUCCUAUCAUGUGUCUUCGUAACAUGGAUGUUGCAGAUGACUUAUGUAAUGGUACUAGGCUAAUUGUUACUCAGUUACUGCCCCAUGUGAUAGAAGGUAGAAUUAUAACCGGAAACAAAAUUGCUGGACAUCCGGUUUGGAUCCCUAGAAUGUUUGUCACACCACCUGACACAAAGUUUCCCUUCAGAAUACGUCGAAGACAGUUUCUAGUUACUUUGGCUUCCGCAAUGACCAUCAACAAAAGUCAAGGUCAAACACCGGAAAGUGUUGGGUUGUUUCUGCCCAGGCCAGUGUUCUCUCAUGGUCAGCUCUACGUUGCACUUUCAAGAGUUAAGUCAAGAUCUGAAUUAAAAAUUCUAAUAACUGGUAAAGAAGGGAAAACGCAGACAAAAACAUUGAAUGUUAUCUUCAAACAAGUUUUUCAGAAUAUUUCAUAGUUACGGUACGUAAUUUUAAUCUACUUUAUUUGCAAAUACAAAUUUUUAAGUAUAUAAACUGUUACAAUUAUUUAUUUUUUGUAUUUGUCAGAUGGGUAGUGAUGAGUUAGGAGACCGAUUAUAUUCAGGAGCAUCCCGUUUUCUGACUACUUCGUGUCAUGGCGGUAUGUCAAUUUAAUAUUAUUUCAUGUUAAUUUUUAUUUAGAAACUUAUAAAUCUAUCAAAUAAUGGU